GCGCCGGCCGCGAACCCAAACAGCGGCUCUCGCUGCGCGCGGCCGCGCGUGAUCGCCGCGCCGCCGAGCCCCGCGCGCCCGCCCGCCCGGCCCGGCCCGGCCCCGCCGAGCGAUGCUGCUGCUGGCGGCCGCCUUCCUCGUGGCGUUCGUGCUGCUGCUCUACAUGGUGUCUCCGCUCAUCAGCCCCAAGCCCCUCGCCCUGCCCGGGGCGCAUGUGGUGGUUACAGGAGGCUCCAGCGGCAUCGGGAAGUGUAUUGCUAUCGAGUGCUAUAAACAAGGAGCGUUUAUAACUCUGGUGGCACGAAAUGAGGACAAGCUGCUGCAGGCAAAGAAAGAAAUUGAAAAGCACUCUAUUAACGAUAAACAGGUGGUGCUUUGUAUAUCAGUUGACGUAUCUCAAGACUACAGCCAAGUAGAAAAUGUCAUAAAACAAGCACAGGAAAAACUGGGCCCAGUAGACAUGCUUGUGAACUGUGCAGGAAUGUCGCUUUCGGGAAAAUUUGAAGACCUUGAAGUUAGCACUUUUGAAAGACUAAUGAGCGUCAACUACCUGGGCAGCGUGUACCCCAGCCGAGCAGUGAUCACCACCAUGAAGGAGCGUCGUGUCGGCCGGAUAGUCUUUGUCUCGUCCCAGGCAGGACAGCUGGGAUUAUUCGGUUUUACGGCCUACUCUUCAUCCAAGUUUGCCAUCAGGGGACUGGCUGAAGCUUUGCAGAUGGAGGUGAAGCCAUAUAACGUCUACGUCACAGUGGCCUACCCGCCCGACACAGAUACCCCUGGGUUUGCGGAAGAAAACAAAACAAAGCCUCUGGAGACUCGUCUGAUUUCAGAGACCGUAUCUGUUUGCAAACCAGAGCAAGUGGCCAAACAAAUUGUUAAGGAUGCCAUACAAGGAAAUUUUAACAGUUCCAUUGGCUCAGAUGGGUACAUGCUCUCAUCCCUGACCUGUGGAAUGGCUCCUGUGACUUCUAUUACUGAAGGGCUCCAGCAGUGCAGAUUUCGGACUUCUCUUGGGAAAUCAGAAGGCCUCACGGCACCUGGCAGUAACCAGCUGGGGCAGGUGGCGGCCCCUCCGGUGACACGGGGCGCGGCCCCCCCAUCCCGGGGGUCUCACAGCACCCGUCCCAGGCCCGGUGCACCAGAGCGCCAUCACUGUUCCAUGCUGGUUUUUCUGAACUGCAGACCCACCUGGCAUGGCAACCCUCAGUGGCUCCCCAGUACCACUGAGGUGGUUACCAUGGGCCUGUUCCGCACCAUUGCUCUGUUUUACCUGGGAAGUUUCGACAGCAUAGUCCGUCGCUGCAUGAUGCAGAGAGCGAAAUCUGAAGUUGCAGACAAAACUGCCUAAUUCUUACCCCGGGAGAAAAGACUGUUUCUAAAUAAUCUGAACAGCCUGCUGCUUAAAGGGACCCAGAUUGUGGCCUACAGCCACUUAAAUGUGUUGCUUUUGAAUCUGUGAGAUUGGACCAGCGCUCUUCAGAUACCUGGCUCAGGCGAGGGGAUAGAUGUUCAGCGCCAGGUGAUAUUAUUAAUACUAUGCAAAUAUGGAACGGGAGGCCCCUGAUUGUCUGAGGCGGAGACAUGAGGAUCGUAUGGGACCAAAGGGCCUGUGAGCAGGGGAAAGAACGUCAUUCCAGAGUGAUCAUUUACAUUUUUCUAUUUAUUCUCUUUUUCUUCCUCCACUGAGAUUAAGCCCAGAAAUGUACCUUAUGAUACAUAGGACGACGUCUCGAGGACAUUCUUAACCUUCCACGAAAGGCAGUCUGUGGGUUUUGGGAGCCUUUUUUCCCCCCUUCUUUUUAACAUGGUGUAUUUGAUUCAAGAGGAGUUUCACACAUUGCUGGAGACUCUCAAUGCACGAGAGAGCCCCUGACUCACUGUGCUUCUGGUGGAAACUCGUGGCUUCUCUCUCUCUUUGAUCCCGUAAAACUACAGGGGGAUGAGAGAGGGCAGUGCAGUGGAAGGGAGGGAGAGAAGUAUCCUCCAGUAGGAAAAAUCACGCUUUCCUGCCUUCUUUAGAUAGACGCGAAUGCUUAGAGCACUUCUCAUUUUUCAUUCACGGGGAAAGGCAGCCUCCCCCAAUUUUUUCUGAAGAGAAGUAAAAUCUUAGAAGCUUAAAAGUUUACAAUUUCUUCAAUAGCCAUGGUGACGUGGAGCCCGCCCAUUCUGUUAGAGGGCUCUUUCCAUUCUUCCCAUCCCUUCCUUUCCAGUUUUGCUGAUACUGCUAUACUAUUUUUGUAAAAAAACAAAAACAAAACCAAAAAAUGGCCAGUGAAAAUUUUUUGACUUGACUUUUUAAAUUAACUCAUGAAUUAAUUAAAACACGAAAAAACUUAGAAAAGCGUGACAUUCUUCUCGUAGCAUACAUGUAGCUUUUAGGAAAGGCUGAUGAGCGUCCAUGUACGGUUUCCUCAUUAAGAAAAAGAAGAUAGGACAGGGCCGAGCUCGCAGAUCCUCAUCUUGGCAAGAAAAUGAUCACCCAUCGUUUCUGUGACUCCUGCUGACCCAGAGAACCUUCUCUUCAUGCCCCAUGGUAAGGAAGCCCAGUUAUCACUCCUGUCACGUAGCCCUGGAGCCCUCUUGGCCCCGUGACUGCCGUUUUUAGAUCCCAAGCUCCGUUGCUCACUUUAGUGGAUUUCUACAAUAAAGUGCCUCUGAUGAGUUUGGCCGAUGUUCCCUGCUUCACGCCAUCACUGUACUUGCUACCCUGCUGAAGGCAAGUCACCUUCCUCAUAAUGCUACCCCCUCUCCUCCUUGCAUACACAAGUAUGCAUAUACUAUGCAUACAAAAGAUGAAAGACUUAAAAAUUAUAGCCAA